GGAGUAGCGCAGCUAAGGAAAAGGGGGGAAAAAAUGGCGGACUGCGUUGUUUGGUGACCCCCGUGAAAUGGUCGUUCGACCCCAAAUGGGGUCCCUCCCCACAGGUUGAGAACCACUGCACUAGACCCUUUGACUUGAUAAGCCUGGCCAUGGCUUACGAUGAUUACAGUGGUGCCUUUGGAGAGGCUCCCAGAGUGAGAUCUCCAUGGAGGGCAACUGGCAGCCUUUGAAGCCAUCUCAGAAAGUAUCUCAGGACCCAUCCUCCCCACCGACAGUUGGCUGUGGGUCCUGGAAGGCUUUGUUUCCAAAUCCUCAAUCCUUGCAUGUCUAUGGAGCUUCUCAGUCAUCUUGGUCACGGUCCUCUCAAAGGUGCUUCGUGCAAUAAGGUGUAAUAAGAUUGUGUGUUUGUUGGCACUGUGAAUUGUGUCCGGUGUGUGUGUGUGUGUGUGUGCACGAAGGGAGGCUUAGCCAAUCUCAUUGUACGCAUGUUGUACUUUGACAAUAAAGGCUGAUUUGAUUUGACUUAAAAGGAAGAAUUUUUGCUUCUUAACCAAGAAGCUUCAUCUGUCCUUGCACUUCCUCUUCUCUCUCUCUCUCUCUCUCUCUCUCAGGCACACACACACACUCUUCUGACAACUUUCACCCCGUGGGAGUUGGGACCACUUCCUGUUCUUGCCUGAUGCCUCAUGGAAAACCAGCUUCUUGCUUUGAUCAGACAGCUUGGGAGGAACCAGAGCUGUGAAUCUGGAGCCCUGGUCAGGCCAGCCAGACCGUUGCUUGGAAGCUCCUAAGCAGGAGUUAACGUUACACGAAGAAUGUUCUCUAAUCUUGGGCGAUCUUGUGAGUCACUGAGCAGCAUUUGAUUCUGGCAGGUGAAGACACCUCCCUCCUGCAUUUUCCGAGAAGUUCCUGAAUCCACGCUCGACUUUUCUGUCUCCACUAUGUCGGAUCCAGAGGAUGAGGAUGGCGAAACUUGUUGGAACAACCUGGAAAGCUUCCGCGUGAAGUUGAUUUCGGUGAUCGACCCUUCCAGAAUAACGCCUUACCUGCGGCAGUGCCGAAUCAUCAACCACGAUGACGAGGAGCAGGUCCUAAAUGAUCCCAGCCUGGUACUCCGGAAAAGGAAAACAGGGCUGCUUCUAGACCUGCUCCAGAGGACGGGCAAAAAGGGGUUUGUGGCUUUCCUGGAGAGUCUGGAGUUGUACUACCCGCAUCUCUACAAGAAAAUAACCGGCAACGACCCCACCCGGGUCUUCUCCAUGAUAAUAGACACGGCAGGAGAAUCUGGCCUGACGGAGCUGCUGAUGAGUGAGAUCUCGAAGCUGCAGGCAGCCAUCCGGGAAGAGAGGCAGAAGGUCCAGGAGCUGAACGCGGCCCUCAGCACCAAGGAGGACACCAUCAAGGAGAUGAGGGUGAGGGACAGCGUCCUGCGCAAGUACCAGGAGCGGGCACACAAGGUGAAGGAGGAGAGAGACGCCCUCAGCAGGGAACUGAUGCUGUGCCGGGAGGAGAACUACAAGAUGGCCAUGAACUACGCCAAGCAGAGCGAGGAGAAGAACGUGGCCUUGAUGAAGAACCGGGACCUGCAGCUGGAGAUCGACUGCCUGCGGCACAGCCUGGUCAAGGCUGAAAAUCACUGCAGCCUGGAGCGGAAGCACACGCUGAACCUGAAACAAGCCAUGGAGCAGCGCCCCAGCCACGAGGCCGUGUGGGAAAUCCAACGGGAGAAGGACCUGCUGUUGGCCAAGAACAAGGAGCUGGAGAGCACCCUGCAGGUCACCAAGAAAGGCAGCUCCGAGAAGGAUGGGGUUCCGCUCCAGGCUCUCGAGACCGAGUGGAGGCGAGUGUUGAAGGAGCAACAGGAGCUGGUGAACACCACCUGCGAUUUACGCCAAGCGCUCCAGAGGGCCGAAGAUGGGCGGGAGAAGCUUGUAGGUGAGAAGGAGCUGCUGGAACUCCGAUGCACGUCCUUGCAAAACGAUAAUCAAAUUUACCAAAAUCGUAUCAAGGCUAUUUUAAAACAGCUGGAAGAGGUGGCUGCUGAAAGAGAUCAGGCUCUCCUUUCCCAGGAGCAAUGCCAGAAGCAGUACUCCCAAGGCCUGAGGGAGAAAGACAGCUACCGGAAGCAGAUCCGGGAACUCGGGGAGCGUUGUGACGAACUGCAGCUUCAGCUCUUCCAGAAAGAGGGACGGCUGCUGAGUGCCGAAGCCCAGCUGAAACGGCUGUGCCGCCAUCCCUCCGCCAUGACUUCGGAUCUUGAAGAAAACUCAUCCCGGAGCUCGCAAGAGCUGACUCCCCAUGGAAAUCCCGAUGAAGAUGGGAAAGGUGCCAAACCAAGAAAGGGCCCAGCUGAUGGAGACCUGCAAGAGAAAGGGCAUCGGCGAAUGAAGGACAGUUUUGAGCAUUAUCGCAGAAAGAGAGCUCUACGGAGAGUGCAGGAGAGCCGCUAUCACGAAGCCUACUGGGAACAUUCCUCAGGAAGUGACAACACCGACACGGAAGGUUCCUGACCUUGUCUGCUACCUGGAGAGAAAAGUGGAGACUUCAAGAAGCCUCAGUGGCUGUCGGGUACAGCCACCCCAUCCCCCAUCUGGAGACUUCACAAUUACAGAUUCUAGAUUUUCUGUUUA